UCCGAUAUCACAUGCUGUGGCUGCAUCCCUGGUUAAAAUGGAAAAUAAACUUUAAACCAGCAACUAAAUGUUUUUUAAUCAAUUAAAACAUGUCUCUGAGCCGACCGUUGGUCACGGUGGUGCGGGCCGGACGCCAUAGCUACGCGGCGGGACUCCAGCUGCAACAGCACCUAGCGAAAUCAUCCCAAAAACUGGAUGUGCCUGCCGAGUUUCGCAAUUACCUUGUCCUGCAAGAGCACGAUCCUGUCUACACGAUCGGGGUGCGAACCAAGGACUACACGGCGGCGGACGAGGAGCGCCUGCGUCGGCUGGGAGCCGAUUUCCACCGCACGGAUCGCGGCGGCCUUAUCACAUUUCACGGACCCGGCCAGCUGGUGGCCUAUCCCAUCCUGCAUCUACGGCAGUUUAAUGGCGGCAUGCGUUGGUAUGUGGCCACGCUGGAGCGCAUGGUGAUCGAGACCUGUCGACAGCUGGGCCUUCCGAACGCCACCACCACCCAGGACACGGGCAUUUGGGUGGGAGACCGCAAGAUAUGUGCCAUCGGCGUCCACGGCUCCCGUUACGUCACCAGCCACGGCAUCGGCCUAAAUUGCUGCACAGAUAUGGCCUGGUUCGAGCAUAUUGUGCCGUGCGGAAUUGAAGGGAAGGGUGUGACCUCGCUCAGCCUGGAACUCGGAAGGCAGGUCUCUAUCCAGGAAGCUAGUACGGCAUUUCUCAGCAGUUUUGCCAAAGUUUUUGAGUGUCGCCUUGGGGAACAAGCAGAGGCAAUAAUGCAAGAUUUAAACUGACAAUGAUUUGUAGGUAAAAUUAACGAUUAAAUUACUUUUAGAUCAUUUUA